GUUAUCUUCAAAGCAAUUACUGUUUCACCAAAAAGUUGGAUGCUUACGACUCUUCCUUCCCAUUUCUUCCCUGUAUAUGUAUAAAUCUGCCGUCUUGAGAUGAUUUUCCAUAAGCUUCUUCUUCGUGUGACGCACUUUUGAUCUCUCUCUCUCUCGCGUCUUGGAUCAUAUAAUUCAAUGUCGACCUACAAGCUCAAUUACACUCAGGAUUCCUUUGUAAAUGGAGAUGCAAACGGUUUGCGCUCAAACCCAGAGAGUGGUUUCAGUGAUCUGUCUUCACUUGCUCAGUCAGAGAAAGCUGUUCAGGAGCUUCUUAUCCAACAGACUCCGAUGCAGGCAACAGAUGAUCACCUCAUUGAGUUUUCAGAGGCUUUAAGAACUGUUGCAAAGGCUCUAAGGGGAUCUGCUGAAGGAAAGGCGUUGGCUCAAGCUGAGGCUGCUGAAUGGAAGCGAAGAUAUGAGUUGGAGAGGUCCAAGAACCUAGAGUUGCUCCAUAAAGUGCCGUUAAAUGGAGUGCACGCCGAGGAAUCUCAUAGCCAUGGGAUGGAUCACUCAGCCAAGUCUCCGCGGCUUCGUGUUCAGGAAAAUGGGAAAUUGGGAAGGCAUUCCAUGGAGCGUAUUUGCUCUCAUGAAGUGCUCCAAGAUGGUGAAUAUAACAGUUGUAAUGGGGGCAACAACAAAUUAAAGCGAAAGGCAUCGUUUAAGCUUUCAUGGGGAUGCAAGGGUCAGGCUAAUGAUCAACACAAGAAAGAAAUUGUCUCGUUUGAGAGAGGGAACAUCACUACAGCAGACCGCAGUAGUAAACAGAUUUCACUGACAUGGGAGAGCAAUCCACAAAAUGUGCUUAUUUUCACUAAACCUAAUUCAACUUCUGUACGAGUUCUUUCUGUGGAAAUGGUCAGAUGGUUGAGAGAGCAUAAAGGACUUGAUAUUUACGUGGAACCACGAGUAAAAGCAGAACUUUUAUCAGAAUCAAGUUACUUCGACUUUUUACAAACUUGGGAAGAUGACAAAGAGAUUUCACUUCUACACCCAAAGGUUGAUCUUGUCAUAACUCUUGGUGGGGAUGGUACAGUCUUAUGGGCAGCAUCGAUGUUUAAAGGACCAGUGCCUCCAAUAGUUCCAUUUUCCAUGGGAUCUCUGGGAUUCAUGACUCCUUUCCACAGCGAACAAUACCGAGAAUGUCUUGAAGCGGUUUUGAGGGGUCCAAUCAGUAUAACACUACGACACAGGUUGCAGUGUCACAUCAUCAGAGACAAAGCAAGGCAUGACUACGAGACAGAGGAGAACAUGCUUGUUCUUAAUGAAGUCACCAUUGACCGUGGAAUAUCAUCUUACCUCACUAACCUCGAAUGCUACUGCGACAACUCAUUUGUCACAUGUGUGCAAGGAGACGGGCUAAUACUAUCUACAACAUCUGGUAGCACCGCGUAUUCACUUGCAGCUGGUGGCUCAAUGGUCCAUCCACAGGUUCCAGGGAUCUUGUUCACACCAAUCUGUCCGCAUUCUCUGUCUUUCCGGCCACUGAUAUUACCGGACCACGUGACGGUGAGAGUGCAAGUGCCGUUCAACAGCAGAAGCUCUGCGUGGGUAUCGUUUGAUGGGAAAGGUAGGAAACAGCUUGAAGCAGGGGAUGCACUAGUGUGUAGCAUGGCACCUUGGCCUGUCUCAACGGCUUGCCAAGUCGAAUCGACUAAUGACUUCCUACGUAGCAUCCACGAUGGUCUUCACUGGAACCUAAGAAAGACUCAAAAUUCUGAUGGCCCUCGUGACUAACAAAUUUUCUCCAGGAUUUCUCUAAAUCAUUAUACACAUAGUCUUGGCAUCUAUUUAUCUAUCUAUCUGUUUGCAUAUAGAUAAAUAUGUAAAGGAAAGUGAUUUGGUUCCGUGAGAGAAUUUGGUUGUAUCCAUUGUUGGGUGUAAAGAAAAUGUAGUAUGUAGCUGCUAUGACCAUUAAUUCACUCAAAGUUAAUGUGAAUCCAAGAUGUUUCUGUU